AUUUUUUUCCCCCCUGUGCACUCUGCAGCAGCAAACAAAGGGAAAGAUGGUAAAGCCACCGUGCGUGUUGGCCGCUGCACUUUUUCUGGGAGUUUUUUUACACGGGUCGGGACAGCUGCUGAACAAUGCAACAACUCAGACUUUUUCAUCGGCCAAUUUUACCACCCCAGCAACUGUGAAGUGGACAGAAGCCGGCGUUACUGUGGAGGGGAAGGGGAGAGACGGAGUAACUCCAGAGACAGAGCUGCUCACCAACACUGUCAGAGAGAAGCAGCCACACACCACAGACAUCAGCAAAAGCAGCAAAGAAACCCACACCCAGAAAGAAGAGAAGGGAGAUGACCGGGACGAAGAGGAUAAGAAAGCCAUACUAAAUUGCCCUCCCCUUGGCCUGGAGUCUCUGCGCGUUGAUGACAGCCAGAUCCAAGCCUCCUCCUAUCAGCGAUCGGGCCUAGGUCCUCACAGGGCAAGGCUCAAUAUCCAGUCUGGCAUUGAGGAUGGAGACCUAUAUGAUGGGGCUUGGUGUGCCAAGUAUGAGGACCGGCAUCAGUGGCUUCAGGUGGACAACAACUACCUCACCUUGUUCACAGGAGUGAUCUUGCAGGGCAGGAACUCCAUCUGGAGCUGGGACUGGGUCGAGUCCUACAAAGUCCAGCUCAGUAACGACUCUGUGAGCUGGCAAACCUGCAUGAAUGGGACCGAGGAGGCGAUAUUUGAAGGGAACCAGAAUCCAGAAAUUCCAGUUCUUGGACUCCUGCCGGUUCCCACUGUUGCUCGCUUCAUCCGCAUCAAUCCCCAGACCUGGUACUCCAACGGGACCAUCUGCCUCCGGGCUGAGAUUCUGGGGUGCCGUGUGGAUGAUCCAGAUGAUUUCUACGCCUAUGAACAGGAACAAGGAUCAAAGGAUAACCUGGACUUCAGACACCACAACUACAAAGAGAUGAGAAAGCUAAUGAAGUCUGUAGCCGAAGAGUGUCCGGACAUCACCCGCAUCUACACUAUAGGGAAAAGUUAUUUGGGCCUCAAGCUGUACGUCAUGGAGAUGUCCGAUAACCCUGGCAAACAUGAACUCGGUGAGCCCGAGUUUCGCUACGUGGCUGGGAUGCAUGGCAAUGAGGUACUCGGUCGAGAGCUUGUCCUGAACCUCAUGGAGUACAUGUGUAAAGAGUACAAAAAGGGAAACCAACGAAUCGUACAUCUGAUCACCGAGACGCGCAUCCACCUCUUCCCAUCCAUGAACCCCGAUGGAUAUGAAAUGGCUUAUCAGAAGGGCUCAGAACUGGCUGGCUGGGCUGAGGGACGAUACACCUAUGAAGGAAUCGACCUGAAUCAUAACUUUCCGGACCUCAACAACAUAAUGUGGGACGAGAAGGAGGUUGCCGUAGAACCAUCCAAAGUCUCCAACCACUACAUCCCCAUUCCAGAAUACUACACUCAAGAAAAUGCAACAGUUGCACCAGAGACCCGUGCCGUCAUCAGCUGGAUGCAGGACAUCCCCUUUGUGCUGAGCGCGAACCUCCACGGUGGAGAGCUAGUGGUCACCUACCCUUACGACUGCACCCGGGACUGGGCCCCUCAGGAAAACACCCCGACGGCCGAUGACGCGUUCUUCCGCUGGCUGUCCACCGUCUAUGCGUCGACCAACCUGGUGAUGGCCAACCCCAACCGCCGCAUGUGCCACUACGAGGACUUCCAGCAGCACAACAACAUCAUCAACGGUGGAGCCUGGCACACAGUCCCUGGCAGUAUGAAUGACUUCAGCUACCUCCACACCAACUGUUUCGAGGUGACCGUGGAGCUGUCCUGUGAUAAGUUCCCUCACGCCAGUGAGCUUCCCAUCGAGUGGGAAAGCAACAAGGAGUCUCUGCUGAUUUACAUGGAGCAGGUUCACCGAGGCAUCAAAGGUGUCAUCAGGGACAAACUCACCAAGCAAGGAGUAGCAGACGCUGUAAUCAAAGUGGAGGACCACGACCACGACAUCCGAUCAGCUGCUGAUGGGGACUACUGGCGCCUGCUGAACCCCGGCCAGUACAAGGUGGUGGUUUGGGCCGAGGGGUACUUCCCAUCCAUGCGUCACUGCCGCGUGGGCCUGGAACCGCGUCCCACCCUCUGCGACUUCACCCUCACCAAGACGCCCGUCCAGAGGCUGAAGGAGAUCCGGGCCAGAGGCGGCAAGAUCCCGCAGGACCUCCAGCUGCGGCUCCGCGCCCUCCGGCUGCGCAAGUUACGCGCCAGCACCAAAGCCAUCAACCGCCGCAGGGAGGGCCAGCGGCUGCAGAGCAGGAGGGCCCAGGGGGCAUGACAUGGGGCAGUGAUGGGUCCGACAUGAUGAAACUGCCUCGUGGGUUAAGCGAAACUUGUCUUUCGCCAAUGGACUUGUUGACUUAUUUGACAAACGCGGUUUUAUCCGCUGACGUUUGAGAUCUUUGUUAGGUCCUUCCCACCGAUGUCAAUGUGAGCUUUAGCAUUUCAUUUGGAUGCACUGAUAUUUAACGAAGGCUUACAUAUAACGGACCAGACACUAAAAGCAAUCACGCAGCCCUGACGUACGAGUUAGUGUUUUUCUUUUAUUUGUUUUGCACUGUGCAUCAACUUAGUUGGACGUUUUACCAUCAGCUGGUCUGAUUUUUCAAUGUCUUGACUGGGGUCCAGCAGGACCACAACCCUUUGAAUAAACGUGGUAUCAAAGUGUCAGAAGGUGUCUCGAUAAACAUUAAAAGGGGAAGAAAGUAAACGGUGUGAAGGGCAGGAAUCAUGGACCUAUUAGGCUGUAUGUUGUCAAGAUGCUGAGGAAUUUGUCUGUUUCUUAAUUGAAUUUGUUUAUGUUUUCUUUUUUUUAUAUUGUCCAUCUUAGAUAAGCUAAUCAUAGUGGCAUUACGAUGCGAUUUGUUUUUCAGUUGCUAACUGACAAAAGAUAAUUCACUGGCAUCAAGGGGAUAUAUCAUGAGAAAAUUCCUAAGAGGGCCACUUCAUUUUUACUUAAUUAUAUGUCAAAAUGAAUGGGCAGAAUUGAGCUCCCAACUAAACAUGAUCAUAACUACCUUUAAUUUCAUCCUCCUCCAUGAUCCAAAGCGCUCACCAUCUUCCAUGAUGCCAGCUGUUACUGAUUCCAGCAGUAGUAAAAGCACAGAAAUCUGAACGUGAUAAGAAAGCUGAAGAUUCUUCAGCUAUGCUUUACCUUUUGUGAGCUCCAGAGAGCAUAUCACAGAGGGGGAGCUCACUUAUUGGUUUCACCCGAGUAAGGAUAUGUCUUAACGGUCAACAAGCCUCUUUAUGUUUUUGCACUCAAACCAAAAAGAUGAAAAGUCAUGGAGCUUCUAAGCUGUGCAAAAGUCUGAGUGCCAGCUAUUGGUCAGCUCUCACCAUUCUGAUGUUUGAAUACUCAAAUCUCUCAGAGUUAAAACUACAAGAGUAAGGCAAAAAAGUCCAGUUGACCCAAACGUUGACCCAUCAGCGGUAUAAUAAAGCUUUAAAAAAAAAAGGCAAAUGUUCUAUUUCCAUGAAAAUACCGACCAAUUUUUAGUGUCACUGCAGGUAGUCUUUUACUGAAUAGACUCAAAUGGGAAACAACAACAAAAGUCAUUUCUAAUACAGCACCAAAAUCAAACUAAAACUUACUUUAAUGUUGACAAUGGUUCUUUAGUUAACGGGAGUAAAAAUAGCAGGUAAAGACUCUUGGUCUUCAAAGACCUCGUGAGUUUAACUGAAAUGAAACAAGCAGUGAGUAUACAGCAUCUCAACAUUCAGCUCAGCUGGUUUUUUUCCUUCUUUCCACAUACUCAUAAAAGUAGAAAUCUGCUCUGUGAAUGUCCUUGACAUGAGUAAUCUAAGUCGUUCAAUAAUAAAAAGUCACGGCAUUGACUCGGCUGAAGAUGAAGCGGACUCCGUUUGUGUGUCUUACUCAAAAACAGGCAAUAAACUGAGGUACAAAGCGUUAGAAAAACAAGAAGAAAAAGUCCUUUCGUGUGAUUUAGAGGCAUAGUGUGAGCCAGGAACUAUGAGAUCGCAUCUGACAGCUUUGCUUUCACCACUGACACCUCUCACAUUUGAAAGUUACUGGGGAGCCGUUAAUGGGCUCUCACAUGGAGCAGGUGGGUGUUAAUGUAACCCGGCCUUUUAAGAAGGCGAGUUCUUAAACUGGAAAAACACCCAAAAACUCACUCUGCAUCUUUGUACUUUUGGACUUCUAGGCUGUUUUAAUCUCUGAAGAAUGCUAAGAAGCAGCCGGUUUUGGUGCCACGAUUUUGGUUCCAGCCGCAGAUCCACAACACAGCCGGA